CAGUGUCGUCGGACGAGGGUGUUGGCGGCAUGACCCCGGAGACAGACGACGGCGGCAGCGGCGGCGGCGGCGGCAGCAGCAGCCGCACCAGCAGCAGCAGCAGUCUGCUGGAGGAGCUGAAGCGUGAGAUGGUAGAGCUUCGCGGACAGCUGGAGCGGGAGCGCCGCAUCCGCCACGUCGUGGAGGAGGAGAAGCUGCAGCUGGAGGAGCAGCUGACCGCAGCACACACUGAGAGACUCGGAGGAGGAGCAGGAGCAGCAGGAGGAGGAGGAGGAGGAGCAGGAGGAGGUGACGGCGGCCACGCGCGCAUACCCGACAUACACGCUCGCAUCCCGUUCUACUACCCUCCACCAGUUCACGAGGAGAAGUACAUGGUUCCUCCCCCAGCCGGCACGCAGUACGUCUUCUCCCCCGGAGCGAUCAAGACGGAGCAGGAGAGACCGACGCCGGCCACGCCUCCGCCGCCGCCGCAGCAGCAGCAGAACCCUCCGUCUCCCAUCGCCUCACAGAUGUCGCGGCAAAACCUCGAGACGAUCGUGCAGGCGAUACGCCACCUGGAGGGAGAAAUCUUCAACGACGACCUCAGCGUGGACAAGGAGAACAGCAUCGCGCGGAAGGAAGCUCGCAAGUCGCUCGUCUCCGAGAAGCAUCCUGUCCUUAAGGACGAGCUGCAUCGCCCGAUCGCCGCAACGCAGUUCAACCGGCCGGGUGUCAUUGUCCAGUCUUAGGACCACCUCAUUGUUGUACAGCUCCCAUCGUCAUCAUCGUCGUCGUCGCCGCCGGCCGCGGCGGCGUCAUUGUCGUCGUCGCCAUUGUUGUUGGCGUGGGCGGCAAAAGUUAUCUAUCAUUCGAUUGUGUUUAUGCUUUGUAGUGUUGCGCUUUGUAAAACAUGCCGGUUACGGGAGUUCUCCCGAGGGCGGUGGGAUGCUCGGGGGGGGGAGUGGGAGGAGGAUGCGAGAGGGAAGCAGGGGAGGGAAGAAUUAGCCGACGACGUUGCCGCCCACAGGUUGCACGCCGGGGAUACUAAUUACUCUCAGGUGACUUACUCUCUGAUUUUGUUGCAACGAGUUAAGUCGGUGUAAUCGCUCGCUCACCUCCUCCCUACCCCUCCCCCUCCUUCCCCAGCUGAUGGAGUUAUUCCCACUUCUCUUAAUCUGUACAGCUUUGAUUGUAUUGCUUAGUUAUACUCAGUUUUAUACGUGGUUUUCAGUACAAAUGAUGGCGUGUACAUAGAGCGUGAAUGUACGUGUAAGCGAAUGGCUGCCUGCAGACAAUUGAUUCCUCUUAUUUCGUUGCUGGCUACGCGCAUGCGCGCGUGCACACAGGUUGAGCGUAACCUACACGCGUCGUACGCAGCAGCUGCUUGUGGGACGUUUUUUACGUGUUGCGUGUAAUUACAAGAUUUCCGUUGUGUUUUUGAUUCGAGGCCCAGUUGUUAUAUAUAUAUAUAUAUUUGUGUGUUUGUGUGUGUGUGUGUGUGUGUGUAUGAGCACAGUAAACCACCUUCUUUUGGCUGUUAGGAUGUUAUUGCACUGCGAACAUCAGCAAUAAGUGCAACAAGCAGUCAUCGGAAGAAAUGGCAGACGAGAGUGUCCGUCUCUCUCUCGUGCGCGCGGUAUGGCGUUCACCGCUGUCUCAGCUUCUUGCAGUUUGUAGAUACAAUGUUGUAGUUAUGUUUGACAAUUCGCAGGUUAGAAGUCGUCGGACACAUACGUGCGUAGGGGGGCGGGCGGGCAUGGGCGAUCACGUGAUCGUGUGAAAAGAAACGACGAAACACCCUUUUGAUGUUUCCCGCAACAUCGUGUAGAGAAAACCCGCAACAGUAGCAGCAGCAGUAGCAGCAGCAGUAGCAGUAGCAGUAGCAGUAGCAGUAGCAGCAGCAGUAGC